GUCUUCCAGUGUAACCACCGUCACGUGAUCUGUUUGGACUGCUUCCAUUUGUACUGUGUCACAAGGCUCAACGAUCGGCAGUUUGUCCACGACGCUCAGCUUGGUUACUCGCUGCCGUGUGUGGCUGGCUGUCCCAACUCCCUGAUUAAAGAGCUCCAUCACUUCAGGAUCCUUGGAGAAGAGCAGUACAACAGGUACCAGCAGUAUGGUGCCGAGGAGUGCGUGCUGCAGAUGGGAGGUGUGCUGUGCCCCCGUCCUGGCUGCGGAGCUGGGCUGCUGCCUGAACGGGGCCAGAAGAAAGUCACCUGUGAAGGGGGCAACGGCCUGGGCUGUGGGUUCGUUUUCUGCCGGGACUGCAAGGAAGCAUACCACAAAGGGGAGUGCGACUCGCUGUUCGAAGCCUCGGGGGCGACUUCUCAGGCGUACUGGGUGGAUGAAAAAGCCGCUGAGCAAGCGCGGUGGGAGGAGGCCUCCAAGGAAACCAUCAAGAAAACCACCAAGCCUUGUCCUCGCUGCAAUGUGCCGAUUGAAAAGAAUGGAGGAUGUAUGCACAUGAAGUGUCCUCAGCCCCACUGCAAGCUGGAGUGGUGUUGGAACUGCGGCUGUGAGUGGAACCGAGCCUGCAUGGGUGAUCACUGGUUUGACGUGUAGAGAGGGAUGCCACUUGGCAAUGGCCGCACGACCUCAUGGGAAACACCGCAGACUCCUACCUUUGUUAGCCAUUUCUUCUUCUCUGUGCAGAUAGAAGCACACACACACACACACACACACACACACACACACACACACACACACACACACUGCAGAUUACAGAAGCAGUCUCUAGGUCCUUUCCAGGGUACCCACAGAAAACUGCAGCACCUGCCGGCCCCAACGGGAGGAGGCACUUUGAGCCUCUGACUCAUGCAUAUGUCAGAGCUGGGAUGAGAGGGUGCACCCUUGUUUUGGAUUCUCAUCCUAGCGAGAAUUUGAGUUCACAUGGCCAGGAGUUUUCCAGGCUUAACCUCCUGCCCUCUGCUUCACUAAAUCCAUGUAGAAGCCACGGGUGAGGUGGGAAGUGCUUUCCAAGGCUGUGCCACGCCCCGGGUGAGUUAUAUUUCUGUGGAUUCUCAGAG